CCCGGUGGCAGGAAGCCUAAUCAAAAUUGUUGGCGUGAAUACCAUUUUUUUUCCGUUACAAACACAUUGUCUUUAGUGUUGGUAUCUCUUGUCCCAUCAUCAUCUUUUAUUAAGUUGUUGAGAUUGUAUAUAUUUGUUCUGUUAUCUGUUAUUUGUCGUUUGAUGAUUCACCGUUUUCUUUCAUUUACUCGAGUCCCGCCACACGGUUGACAUCUCCAACGCCGUAAACUCAUUUCAAAUAUUUUCAUAGACAAAUCUUCGAUAUGAAUCCCAGCCCAAACAAACUCACUGAAAAUAAUACAGAUUCCAAUUCAAAUAAUGAAAAACAAGAUGAGGAGUAUGUGGUGAAAAAGAUUUUAGAUAAGCGUAUACAGCAUGGUAAGGUGGAAUACCUUCUCAAAUGGAAAGGUUUCAGUAAUUUUGAAAAUUCUUGGGAACCUAUUGAAAAUCUUAAUUGUGAAGAUUUGAUAAAAAAAUAUGAAAAAGAAAGAAAAAGAAAAAGCAAGCCAUCAAAUUCAAUUGAUUCCAAAUCUUCUGAUGAGUCUGAUAAUAAUAAUACUGAGCAUCAGAAAGUAGCAGAAAAAGUUGUGCAUGUUAAAAAACUGCGUGGCAAGAUUACAUAUUGUAUUAAAUUUAAAGGAAUUGAAGAACCUGUGGAGAUCAAAUCUAAAAAGGCUACAAAAUUAUAUCCACAACUCAUACUCAAACACUAUCAUAAAAUAUUUGUAUGGAAAUAAUAAUUAACUGUUUUAAUCAAAUCCUAUAGUAAAUAUCUUGAAUUAUUUUAUUUUUUUAUUAUAUGUGACAAUUAUGCCUUACAGAAAAAAAUAAAAUACUUAAA